GGCCAGGGGCCGGGCCGGCUUGGGCUGCGCGAUGCGCCGCGCCGGGCGCAGUGUCCAAGGGCCGGGCCCCCGCGGGGGCGCUGAGGGCGAGGCGCCCUGGGCCCUGGCUGCGGGGCGCUGCAGCUGCGUGGCUGCGGCCUGCUGCCGGAGGCCACGUACAGGCGGCCCCCGCCCGGCGCAGCUGGUGAAGUGGCCGCUGCUGGGAUUGGCCUCCACCGGCUGCAUCAUGGUCAGGCUGCGGCCCCCGUCCCCACUGGGGCCAGGUCUGCUGUGCAGCUCUUUGAGGAGAACUAGUUCUAAUGUGGAAGGGAAGUCUGAACCUAUACAGAAAUCUCCUAAAAAAUCAAAAUUACCACUAGGUCGUCUUGAUGAACCAGAAGAGUCCAAUAGAGAGAGAGAACCACUGGAAAAAUUUCCAGAUGACAUCAAUCCUGCUACAAAGGAAAAAGGUGGACCCAAAGGCCCUGAACCUACUCGUUAUGGAGAUUGGGAGAGAAAAGGACGUUGUAUAGAUUUUUAAUGCACAAAUGUAUCUAUAUUGCUAAUAGUAUGUUUGAUACUUGUUUAAAGAAUUUACUGUAGAUAGAGAAAUUUCACCUAAUUGUUCCUUUUAAUUCUUAAAUGGAGCUUCUUUUUUCCAACAUGUAUUUGAGGAAUAUCCUGAGAGAUGUUUUCUGCAAAUAAACAUUGUUAGUCAAUAUUAA